UUUUUCUCUCCAUCAUCCAGGAUGAUUUAUACGGCUCGACGCGCAACGCUUUGCCGCACCUGCUGCUGGGUGUGGCUUAUGCAAGAUGCCCCUCCUUCUGGCCUGCUUACCCCAGAAUGGAAGGGUGCGCUAUCCGACAAUAAAUAGCGUCGAUGGAAAUGAGGGAUCGGGUCGGGGAAGGAGAGCACAGAGGAAAAGAGACAGGUCGUAUUCGGAGUGAUAGUGAUGGCGAGCUGGAGAGCGUUAUGCAGGUGCAGGUGCAGGAUCAAGCCUCACUAGGACUCUGGGAGACACUUCGCAUCGUGAGAGAGAGAGAGAAAGCAGAUUAUGAUGCACCCUAUGCGCACGUUUGAAUAUGCUGCGCUCGCUCGCAUUGCUGUAUCCACCAUCACUGGCCUCCUUACCGAGUAGAGUAUAUCCAGUAUAUCCUCCGUUCUGGAUCAGAGGAAGUGGGCCCAUACCAGUUGGCCAGCUCCGUACUGUAAUAGACGACGCUUCACGAUGCGCGGCGUUUGCCUUGCUUGCUUGCCUCGUCUUCCUCGUUCUUGCUGAGGGCCUCACUUUCUCUACCGUACCCAAUGUCCAUCUCCAUCUCUUCCUUACCCCCCUUUUCCCUGCUCCAACCUCCGUGCACUCAACUCUUCACUACUGCAACGGCUCAGCACCACACACAGGGCCAGCGCUCGCCAUCGACGAUUUCAGCCCUCUCCCGCUAGAGUCCACCAAACCACAUGGCAUGGCAUGGUCACCGAGGGUCACCGCAUCUCGAGCGCACAUCCUGGCGAACGACGGCAUCCCAUCCUUGAUCUUCUUUUUAUUCCCCUUAGUCCAUGUCUGGCUGCCAUUGCUCUAAUCCCCUUGCAGCUUAGAUAUUUUCCCGUUCCGGCCUGGGACCCAUCCCGGAGCUUGUCACCGACGCCGAUGACCGCCAGAAUCA